AUGGCGGAUCUGGGGGCCGUGUUGGGGUUGGAGGGGGAUGGGGAGACUGGGAAUGGGGAGGGGGAUGAUGGGGUGGGGUUUGGGGGCGUGGAGGUGUGGGUGGUGGAUGCGCAUCGGCCGUGGAAUUUGGGGAAUGUGUUUGGGGGGUUUCCGUUGGAGCCUGAGACGGAGGAGGCUACGACCUUUGCCGCGAGGACGCCGGUGGGGGUGAGGGCGGGUUGUAUUGACCGGGCGUAUCGGCCGGGUAAGGGGGGGAUUGUGGUGUUUGAUGAUGGGGAUAUUGAGGAUGAUUUGGGAAUGGAGAAGGAGGCGUAUCUUGCGCUUGUGGAUAUGCCGGAUAUUGAAGAUGAUGGGGAGGAUUUGGGGGAUAGUGAGGACGACGAGGAGAGCGACAUCGAGGAGCCGCCAGUGGCUCAGACAUCACGGACAGGGCAGAAGCGGAAAUCGUGGGACUUCCUUGACGAGGAUAGCGAGGAGGAGGAUGAUCGCCCGAAGCAGAGGAGACGUAGUAACUCGUCCACUCCGAUUCCAGACUCGCCCCGACGCCCGGCUCAGCGCGGACUCAUAUCACUUAGAGACGACGCCAUCUUUUCGAGCGACGCCUUGGAACCCCCGACCCCUGCCCAACCGCUACGGGCACCGUCAGCGCGGACGCUGAGGCGGAAGCUCUUACGUCUACGGCGCAAGAACGAGGCCAUACUACGAGACUACUACAGGCUGGGCGCCUCAUACUCGGAACCCGUUUCUUCCAUGAUGUACUCUCUUGCCUCGGAGCUCGGUCGCGAAGACAAUGACCUCCUCUGGAUGGCCAUCGUCGGAGUCUCGUCAAUGGAGCUCUAUGGGCGCUCCUCUGCUGGUAUCGCGGUGCCUGUUCGCAGCGCUGACCCGCGUCCCGCAACCGGUUGGAUGGGGAUGCGCGGGGCGAGGGAUACGGCAGCUCUCUCUCUGACCAAAUGCGAGACGAAUACGCCUCCCUGUACUAACCUGGACGAGCUCGUCCCGACCAUCGACACGGACGGCAAAGACCGGGGGCGGCGCCAAAGACCGGGCUGGGGUUUCGUGCGACAGCUGGGGCUGGGCGCGCAACCCUCAGCGCCCAAGGACGUCGGCGUCGUCAUCGGAGCGGCUCCUCGAAGUCGGCAAGAACACCCAUUGCCUCCCCGUCCUCCUCCGACCCCUCCUCCACCAACAACCCCUCCCAAAGACCUCCCCACCACCACCACCACCACCACCGCCACCACCCCCCGCCGGCCAGCGAAGAAUGGCUCCCGCGUUUCUGGGAAGCCUACGACGCGCUCGAAGGACAUCGAAUCCCUCAAAGCCGAGCCUGCCCCACGGCGCUCUUCCUCCACCGCGCCAUCUUCACCACCCGGCACCACCGUGCUCAAAAAGAAACAAAUCUCCCACCUGCGCGCCUUCCGCAUGCCCUGGCCGAGCAAGGAGCGCGAGGCCUCCGGCGGCCGCCUCGCCCACGGCGGGCGCGGCACGCCGCUGGUGGUGGCCAGUCUGGACGAGCAGCGCGGCGUGUAUGUGGUGGUGGGCACCGGUGGGGGCGGCGGGCCGGACUCGGCGUUUGGGGAUCGGGAGGCGGAGCGCAAGAGGGCGGUGCUGAGGGAGGAGAGGGGCAAGGCGAGGGAGGAGGCCAGGAGGGUGAGGGAGCGGGUCAGGGAGGAGAAGAGGGCGGCGAGGAGGAGGCUGAGGGAGGAGGCUGCUGCUGCUGCUGCUGCUGCGGGGGGUGGUAAAAAAGGGGGGGAUGGGGAGGAGGAGGAGGAGGAGGAGGCAGGAAGAGACGGAGAGUGA